AUGGCGAUCACUUCCCAUGGCUCUCCUCGGCUCGGCCAGCGCCUGGCGGAGGGGGGCGCUCAAGAGCCCGGCGCGGUCGCCGGGAGGACCAGUGAGGGAGAAGCCGGAGGAGGAAGUGAUCCGGAGCCCGGUGGGCGCGAGCGGGAGAUGGUGCUGCCGGGGCCGCUGCUCGGGAGUGCACGCCGUGCGAUCCUCGGGUCGGCGCAGUCUGUGCUCUGGGGUUUGAAGUCAAUAAAAGGAAGCUGCCACAAUUUUUGUACUGCUGUUUUCAAAGAUGUCACUUACAAGGAACUUAAAAGUCUCUUGAAUUCCAGACAAAUUACGUUAAUUGAUGUUAGAGAGAGAUGGGAAAUUGUUGAGUAUGGGAAAAUUCCCGGGUCUGUCAAUAUACCAUUGGAUGAGGUAGGUGAAGCUCUACAGAUGAACCCAAAAGACUUCAAAGAGAAGUACAAUGAAGUAAAACCAUCCAAAUCUGACAGCCUAGUGUUUUCUUGUUUAGCCGGAGUGAGAAGCAAGAAGGCUGUGGACACAGCAGUAUCUCUGGGCUUUAACAGUGUUCAACAUUAUGCUGGAGGAUGGAAGGAAUGGGUGACUUAUGAAUUUUCAGAAAAGAAAAAAGGAAAUUGAAUUCUGGAAUACAAGCUGGCUCUUUCCUUUUGUACAUGCAGCACAGGAUAGUAGAAUGAACAAAAUAAUAAUCUAGUCCUGGCAUCACUGGUUAAUGGGAAGGGGAUUUUGUGUAAGUCAAUUCUGUGUUGAAUCUUUUUCUUAACUGUAAACUGUAAAUUGAGAAUGCCUUGCCUAUUUCCUUGAGGAUUGAAAUAAUGUAUGUAACUUGCCAUAGAAAUACAAGGGUUGGAUUCUAAAAA